AUGGGGAAACGCAAGAAUUACUCGUGUCUAUCUCACUUUGUUAAACAGGCGUUCUCAGAGGUAUGGACAACGGGCGCCGACGCAGACCACAAGAAGGAGACACCUCGCGAGCCAAAGAGUCGGGAUAGCGCCAGUAUCGCAGAUGGAGCUAUCCUAGACACACAAAAGAAGUUGUCUGACGCUUUCGCGCUUGUUCCGCACUACAAAUCCGCAUCUGAGGUUCCCACCCACCUCCAGAAGUACUUUUCUCAAAGACACCGCUACUUCAGCCUCUACGACCAAGGCUGUCUCCUUGACGAAGAAGGCUGGUACAGUGUCACUCCUGAACGCAUCGCCUCCCAAAUCGCUGAACGAUGCCGAUGCGACGUUAUUCUCGAUGCGUUCUGCGGGGUCGGAGGGAACGCGAUCGCGUUUGCAAAUACGUGCCACCGUGUCAUCGCGAUGGACAAUUCCCCCACACGGCUCACCCUCGCCAGACAUAACGCCACCAUCUAUGGUGUAGCCGACCGCAUCGAAUUCGUACUCGCGGACUAUAUCACUUUUGCACGUUCGUACCUAUCUCAUCGGGACGCAGCCGCCGCUAGUCAUUCUAUCAACGCAAGUACCGACGCCAAGAGACGACCCAUUGAUGUCGUGUUCCUAAGUCCACCUUGGGGAGGUCCAGAGUAUAUAUCUCGACAAUUGCAUGAUGCCGACGACACGAACAACCCUGACUUGAGUGUUGUUGAUGCUGCCAGCAACAGUCUUGGGAAUGGUUACGGUAACGGCACUGAAUCCCAUCCCGAAUUCAGCCUCGCCUACAUUCAACCUAUCCACGGUGCUGAACUCUUCCAACUCACGCGUCGCAUCACAAACAAUGUGGCGUAUUUCCUACCGAGGAAUACAAAUUUAGAGGAGAUAUCGGCAUUGAUCAAUCCCUCUAUGACCACGUCCUCCUCCAAUAUGUCUGCAUCAGCACCUGUAGAAGACUCUGCGGAGAUGCUUAAAGCCCUGACUUGUUAUUUCGGGGGACUCGUAGCCAGCCAAGAACACCUGUUCUGA